AUGCAGCCCACCGUGGAGCUUAAACAGGAUGUAGAGGUCGUCAAUGACGAUGACAUCAGCGAGGAGGACCUCUACGCCUUUGACAGCUCCGACACGGACGAGGCCGGGACUUCAUCACAACCUGGCCCAACGCUGGAUGCGGCUGGCUCGUCCUUCGCCACUCUGAUAAGCGAGCUGACGGCCAGCGGCGCCAGCUUUGACGAGCUGCGGGACACCGCAGCCGGCGGCGGGGGCGCCGGUGGACCGGGUGCAGCGUGGGAUGGCCAGGGUGCGCCGUCGCUGUCCUGCAGCAUGCCCCUGCGUUCGUCCUCAACCGCGCUGUCAAUGGCGUCCUCCGUGCCCAUCGCGAUCCCCGGCCUCUCGCGCUGGCCCCAGCCCGCCGCCGCCCCGACGCCCGGCCCUGCGACCUACAACACCGCACCCGUCUGCAUCGCCUUCCCGCGCGCCGCCGGCGCCGCGCCGAUGGCUGCGGCGCCCACGCGGCCGUGCAGCAGCGGGUUUGUCCCGCCGCACUGCAUGACGGGAGUCAACGAUUUCUGCCUCACCGCGGAGGGCGGCUCGCCCUCGGCCUGCCUCAAACGCGAGAAGCUGCGCACCCGCAACGCGAUCCUGCGCAAAACCGGGUUCCUCUGA